AUGGCGUCCAGAAGAUUUUCUUCAAUGCUCUCUCGCUCAUUCAUGUCCUCGCCUUCUCUGUUUCCUCUUCGAGGCAAAAACACCAACGUGAACAGAGGAGCGCACAGAUACAGCAACCACGCCGCUUCUAUCGAAAACACGAUCACUCCACCCGUGAAAGUCGAGCACACACAGCUCUUAAUCAACGGAAAGUUCGUUGAUGCAGCCUCAGGAAAGACUUUCCCCACUUUGGAUCCAAGAACUGGAGAAGUGAUCGCUCAGGUGGCUGAAGGUGAUGUAGAAGACGUGAACCGUGCUGUUUUAGCUGCACGCAAGGCCUUUGAUGAGGGUCCAUGGCCUAGAAUGACAGCUUAUGAGAGAUCAAAGAUACUACUUCGUUUCGCUGACUUAGUCGACAAACACAACGACGAGAUUGCUGCUCUUGAGACUUGGGACAAUGGGAAGCCUUUUGAACAAUCUGCCAAGGUUGAAGUUCCUAUGCUUGCUAGGGUGUUCCGUUACUAUGCUGGUUGGGCAGACAAGAUCCAUGGACUGACGGUUCCAGGAGAUGGUUCACACCAUGUGCAGACACUCCAUGAGCCUAUUGGAGUCGCUGGACAGAUCAUCCCAUGGAACUUCCCUCUUCUCAUGCUUUCUUGGAAACUUGGACCAGCUUUGGCUUGCGGUAACACCGUUGUCCUCAAGACGGCUGAGCAAACUCCUCUCUCUGCUCUUCUUGUUGGAAGACUACUUCACGAAGCUGGACUUCCCGAAGGGGUUGUCAAUAUAGUUUCUGGAUUUGGUUCUACAGCUGGUGCAGCCAUAGCUAGUCACAUGGACAUUGAUAAGGUUGCUUUCACCGGUUCUACUGAGGUUGGAAAGAUUAUUCUUCAGUUGGCUUCGAAAAGUAACCUCAAGGCAGUGACUCUUGAGCUUGGAGGCAAGUCACCGUUCAUUGUAUGUGAAGAUGCUGAUGUGGAUCAGGCCGUUGAGCUCGCUCAUUUCGCUUUGUUCUUUAACCAGGGACAAUGCUGCUGUGCUGGCUCACGUACAUUUGUACAUGAACGUGUGUAUGAUGAGUUUGUAGAGAAAGCUAAAGCACGUGCAAUCAAACGCGCUGUUGGUGAUCCCUUCAAGUCUGGCAUUGAGCAAGGUCCCCAGGUGGACUCAGAGCAAUUUAAGAAAAUUUUGAAGUACAUUAAACACGGAGUUGAGAAUGGAGCUACCUUACAAGCUGGAGGUGACCGGCUUGGUUCCAAGGGUUACUACAUUCAACCCACUGUCUUCUCUGACGUCAAAGACGACAUGCUCAUAGCAACAGACGAGAUUUUUGGACCGGUUCAAACCAUACUGAAAUUUAAGGAUCUGGAUGAGGUGAUUGCUAGGGCUAACAACUCCAGGUACGGUUUAGCUUCAGGAGUGUUCACACAGAAUUUGGACACAGCGAAUCGGCUGAUGAGAGCGCUCAGGGUUGGGAGCGUUUGGAUAAACUGUUUCGAUGUGUUGGAUGCGACAAUUCCAUUUGGAGGGUAUAAGAUGAGUGGCAUUGGAAGAGAGAAAGGUAUCUACAGUCUCAACAAUUACUUGCAAGUCAAGGCUGUUGUUACUGCCAUCAAGAACCCGGCUUGGCUCUAA